AGGCCAGGGAAGAGGAUAGCGAGAUCAGGCACAGCCCGGGUCACUGUCCUCUGCUGUCUUGCCGGUUGCGGGAGGUUCUAGCUGGAGACGCGCGCUCUCUCCGCGCUGUCUAGGGCCAUCCUGUGACCCUAGGCUACCUCCAGAGCUGGCUUUCCCUGGCUGGCACAACUCUCCAAGGAGCUCCGGUCCAUUGCACAGCGCCCCAAGGGGGUGUCUCAGUAAGUGAUGGAACUGGCUCCGGUGAACCUCAGUGAAGGGAAUGGGAGCGACCCUGAACCUCCAGCGGAACCCAGGCCGCUCUUCGGCAUCGGCGUGGAGAACUUCAUCACGCUGGUGGUGUUUGGCCUUAUUUUCGCGAUGGGCGUGCUGGGCAACAGCCUGGUGAUCACCGUGCUGGCGCGCAGCAAACCGGGCAAGCCGCGCAGCACCACCAACCUGUUCAUCCUCAACCUGAGCAUCGCAGACCUGGCCUACCUGCUCUUCUGCAUCCCUUUCCAGGCCACCGUGUACGCACUGCCCACCUGGGUGCUGGGCGCCUUCAUCUGCAAGUUUAUACACUACUUCUUCACCGUGUCCAUGCUCGUGAGCAUCUUCACCCUGGCCGCGAUGUCUGUGGAUCGCUAUGUGGCCAUUGUGCAUUCACGGCGCUCCUCCUCCCUCAGGGUGUCCCGCAACGCGCUGCUGGGCGUGGGCUUCAUCUGGGCGCUGUCCAUCGCUAUGGCCUCGCCGGUGGCCUACUACCAGCGCCUUUUUCAUCGGGACAGCAACCAAACCUUCUGCUGGGAGCACUGGCCCAACCAACUCCACAAGAAGGCUUACGUGGUGUGCACUUUCGUCUUUGGUUACCUUCUGCCCUUACUGCUCAUCUGCUUUUGCUAUGCCAAGGUUCUCAAUCAUCUGCAUAAAAAGUUGAAGAACAUGUCAAAAAAGUCAGAGGCAUCCAAGAAAAAGACUGCACAGACUGUCCUGGUGGUCGUUGUGGUAUUUGGCAUAUCAUGGCUGCCCCAUCAUGUCAUCCACCUCUGGGCUGAGUUCGGAGCAUUCCCGCUGACCCCAGCUUCCUUCUUCUUCAGAAUCACUGCCCACUGCCUGGCAUACAGCAACUCCUCGGUGAACCCCAUCAUCUACGCCUUUCUCUCAGAAAACUUCCGGAAGGCGUACAAGCAAGUGUUCAAGUGCCGUGUUUGCAAUGAGUCGCCGCACGGCGAUGCUAAAGAAAAGAACCGAAUAGAUACCCCGCCCUCCACCAACUGCACCCACGUGUGAAGGUUGGCCAGAGCCUCCUGUCCUCCGCUCCCAUGUGUGUUAGAGAGGGGAGGACACAGUGAAUUAUCAAGUAACAUGGCAGCUCGUUCUCCUGACAGCAAUUCCUAUCAUUCUAACAACAUUCCACAGCGGUGAAAGCACUUUGAUUGUCCAGGGAACUCCUCGGUCUACUGAAGAUUAUUUCCCAAUUUUAUUUCAUUUUAUGAUUGUAUUUAUGAAGCAAAAGAAACUUCCAUAUAGCUUCUAUCUUUUAAGGGAUGAAAGUCCAACAGCGCACUGCAGAUAUGUUCUGAUCUCCAUGAUACAAACCAAGUUCUAGGAAGCAAUGAAGAUUAUUUGAAAUCCACAUUUUAAGGCCAGUUAAUAUAGGGAAACAGUUCUCUUUCUUUUAAUGAUGUAGUAUUCUAGUUUUGAAAUACAUUUGUGGGCCCAGAAUAGUGAAUUUUAUUUUACUGAACCUUUGUGGACUGGCACCUCUUCCGAGUCAGGGGAGGCUUUUCAAAGUCUGUUCCCAUAGGUGUACAGAGUUCUGUCUGGGAACGUGAGACUCACCAAGUUCAUCUCAGGAGAUCAUUGGUGACUCCACUUUGAAGUAAUCCUGUGGACUAAGACACCAGGGAGUCUGCUGUGGACGGCUACAAACCUGCCUGUUGUAGCUUUAAGGAUGUUCUUGGCAAAUUAUUAGCUGGGCCUCCAAAGAACCCAGGAAACCAGUCAGCCAACAGUUUCCACGGGGUUGAAAACUGGACAAAACUUAGCCACGUAGUUAAUAUUCAUGCCGCAUGGAGAAAGCAGGAAAGAUGCUUGAUUCCGAAUGAGCAAAGACAAAGGUAUCCUGUGGGAGAAUAGAUAAACACUUAGAGACGUGAUGCCUUAUGCAGACUUGUACCGACAACUGUUUAAUGAUUGUUUUCCCCAAACAUUAUUCCCUGGGGCAAUUAAUUUAGAAUUAAAAUCACCACCACGUGACUUGCAAAUGUAA